CAGUCAACUAGUUCAACCUUCAGCCACUAACUCCUAAAGCCACGAAAAACUCAAAACCAAAACGCAUCGAUGUUAGGUCAGAAAAACCCCUACUAAACCCUCCACGUCAUCCCCCCUCCUCAAAACUAAAAAUUCUUCAUCCGCACACCACGUUUCGAGCUCACCGACGACAUGUCUCCGGUGACCUUCAACUCUCCAUUAACCACCACCUCACAAACAUGUUUCUUCUCUCCAUUAUGCUCUCCGGCCUUUAUCAGAGAACCAUCCUAUAAUAAACCUCUCCUCCACGUGCCCAAUCACGUGGCGGCCAAAAGGCAGCCGGGACUAUCAGUACGUUCCAGAGUCCUAAUCUCCGACGAACGGAGGAUCUCAACACCGGAGAUCGAGGUGGACAGCGUGUCGGAGGCGGAGCUGAAGGAGAACGUCAGAAGCACGCGGAGGACGAAGCUGGUGUGCACGAUCGGCCCCGCCACGUGCGAAUACGAUCAGCUGGAGGCGUUGGCCGCCGGAGGAAUGAACGUGGCUCGUCUGAACAUGAGCCACGGCACGCGUGAGUGGCACCGCGGUGUGAUGGAGCGCGUGAGGAGGCUGAACGAUGAGAAAGGGUACGCGGUGGCGAUCAUGAUGGACACCGAAGGGACUGAGAUCCGAAUGGGCGACAUUGGAGCAGCCAUGGCCGCCAAGGCAGAGGACGGUGACAUCUGGACAUUUACGGUGAGGGCUUUGGAUUGUGCUUCUGAGUUGGAACGCACGGUUAGUGUGAAUUAUGAUGGUUUCGCUGAAGAUGUGAAGGUGGGUGAUGAAGUGGUUGUGGAUGGAGGAAUGGUGACGUUUUCGGUGAUUGAGAAGAUUGGUCCUGAUGUCAAGUGCCAGUGCAUUGAUUCUGGAUUGUUGUUGCCACGUGCUAACCUUACUUUCUGGAGGAAUGGGACUCUGGUUCGUGACCCUGAUGCCAUGCUUCCCACUCUAUCGUCUAAGGAUUGGCUGGACAUUGAUUUCGGGAUUGCAGAAGGUGUUGAUUUUAUUGCAGUGUCGUUUGUGAAGUCUGCAGAAGUUAUCAAUCAUCUAAAAAGCUACAUCGCUUCGCGGUGUCAUGAGAGUGAGGUUGCUGUAAUUGCAAAGAUAGAGAACAUUGAUGCCUUAAAGAAUUUGGAAGAAAUAAUUCAAGCAUCUGAUGGAGCUAUGGUCGCCAGAGGAGAUCUUGGUGCGCAGAUACCCUUGGAACAAGUUCCAUCAGUUCAAAAUAGGACUGUUCAGCUUUGCAGGCAGCUUAAUAAGCCUGUUAUUGUUGCCUCCCAACUGCUUGAAUCCAUGAUUGUGUUUCCUAUUCCAACUCGAGCGGAGGUUGCUGAUGUUUCGGAAGCAGUUACACAGCAAACAGAUGCUUUGAUGCUUUCCGGUGAAUCAGCCAUGGGAAAAUAUCCUGACAAGGCAUUAGCUGUGCUGAGAAGUGUCAGUUCAAGAAUUGAGAGGUCUUUGAGGGAGGAGAAACACCGUUGCAACGCUCUGAAUUUUCCAGUUAUUGUAUCAACAAUGUCUGUGGGUAUAUCAGAGGAGAUAUGCAAUGCAGCUGCCAAGAUGGCCAACAAUCUGGAAGCAGAUUCUAUCUUUGUCUACACAAAAGCUGGGCAUAUGCCAUCUCUUCUGUCCCGUUGUCGUCCUGACUGCCCAAUCUUUGCAUUUACUCCAACAGCAACUGUGAGGAGGCACCUGAAUAUGCAAUGGGGCUUGAUACCAAUUCGCUUUGAUUUCACAGAUGACAUGGAAAGCAACCUAAUCAGAACUUUCUCUCUGCUAAAAGCAAGAAAGAUGAUUAAGCAUGGAGACCUUAUCAUUGUUGUGUCGGAUAUGCUACAAUCAGUUCAAGUGGUAAGUGUUCCCUAAAGGGAAUAUAUAUGCCUGGACGUCUUCUUUUGGGUAGUGUCUUUUAAGAUCACCAAUAUUUGAUUCGUUAGAGGUUAGGAAAAUCGAAGUGUUUAAUUAUAGAUUAUCAAUGAUACUUUAAUAAUUAAUUUUUUCUACUUAAGAGUUGGGUGUUCAGGAUUUUUCAGCACAUUGGCAGGGUUAAGAUCACCCAUUUUGGGAGUUCCUUGAUAUUCUAUUAAAAAAAAUUUCCCCAAACAUGCUGCAAGUGAUAGAAGGAGUAAGCAUAAACAAUUUCCACUGCUUUUUGUUCCAUUUUCCAUUGUAUUAUAGUGUGUUGUAACAUUAUUAUGUAAUUCUAAUAUUCAAAAUUUUGCUUCUUGUUGAUCUA